GGGAGCUUCGUGGGUGCCUUCGCGUCCAGCAACCUAGGCGACGUCAGUCCCAACCUGAACGGCCCCGUCUGCGUCAACACGGGUGAGGCCUGCGACUACGUGACGAGCACGUGCGGUGGCGAGAACAAGUACUGCAUUGCCUCGGGACCGGGCAAGGAUAUGUUCGAGAGCGCGGAGAUCAUCGCCACGAGGCUCUUCAGCAAAUCCAAGGAACUUCUUAGUAACGAAACAGCACAGGAGUUAAGUGGUCCAAUCAAAUUCAUUCAUCAAUGGGUCGAAGUACCAAAACAAGCUGUAGAUAUCCAAUUAGAAAAUGGUACAAUUCAAACCGUUAAAGGAUGUCUUCCAGCCAUGGGUUAUAGUUUUGCAGCUGGUACAACCGACGGACCGGGCGAGUUUGACUUCAAACAAGGUUCCAGUACUGACAAUCCCUUCUGGAAUAUCGUCAGAGACUUCGUUUUUCCACCCACCACCGAAGACAUCAACUGUCACUAUCCCAAACCCAUCCUAAUCGCAUCUGGAAGGAUAAAAGUUCCUUACAAUUGGCAACCGGAAAUAGUAUCUACCCAAAUCCUGUUGCUGGGAAAUUUUGCCCUUGUUGGUGUUCCGGGAGAAUUCACCACCAUGUCGGGGAGACGGAUGCGUGACGCUGUCAAAAACGUCAUAGUGGACAGUGGCGGAGACAGUGGUACCGAAGUAGUCAUCGCGGGAUUGAGCAAUACUUACACCAGUUAUAUUGCUACUUACGAAGAAUAUCAG